AUGGCCGAAUGGGCUGACGUUUACAAAGACAGAGAACAUAAGGAUCCUUCGAGGAAUCGCAUUCUCAUUUACAAGACUAUGCCGAACGCAGCACCCAAUACAGUAUUUCCUAUGGCAAUUCGGCUGCAAGGUCUUUUGCGUGAUUUCCAGGUAGAAAGAUUUGGCAAUUGGACUGGUCAAGAAAGUGAUGCCUUGAAAGUGGUCCAGCAUGUCACCUUAUCUUCAGGAGGCCAUAAAAAAGCAUGGGAUUCUACAAUAGAUUCCAUCAAUCUAGUAUGCGAAUACACAAGUCGGUGCCUACACAUUCCUAUGCAAGGGACGCCAUAUGACAAAGAUCUCUAUCUGCAAAAACAUGCAUUUAUAAAGCGAGAUGAACCAUUAAAAUUGAAGGAUCAUAUCCUUAAAGCAAUAGAUGAUCUGGAAGGUCGAUUUUUGUGCAUCCAAGAACCUUGGAUCCCACAACAGCCUUUGCACGUAGGUGAUUUAACAGAGACAGCUAAAAUCAUGGCGAUGGAUUCCAUGCUUCUGACCAAAGGUGACUUUGUGGACGUUGGAGCUGAACUAGAUUUUGUUACGCACAGAGAUCAAUAUGCACGCACGAUCCUCAAGUGUUUCUUGACAUGUUCAUAUAUAGUGUGGAUAAUUCCAGUGGGCCAAGUCCAGAGUAUGAAUUUGGAUAAUAAAUCGGCUCCCCAAAAAUGCAAAGCGACACCGCCAAAAAUGGACAGGCCUACCAAGAAACACCACACAAUGCCAGGCUUUGAUGAGGUGUAA